AUGGAAUUAUCUAGGAUUACUAGUGCUUUUAUCUUGUUUACGAUAUUAUUUUUAUAUUUUGGACAAUGUGGUGGUAUUUUGCGGAAUCCACUGAAAGCGGACUCGAAUCGGAACAAGGAGAGAACAAGGACGCCAGGAUGCAACCUGGGAGUUCAAUUUUUCGGCCUGGAAGAGGAGUGGCACCCCCGUCUAGAGCCCUAUGGCGUCAUGAACUGCAUCACGUGUAAAUGCGAGCCCGUUUUUAACAAAAAAGGUGGCAUUCGACGAAAAGGCAGCGUGAACUGUCGCAACAUCAAGAACGAAUGUCCGACGGUCACGUGUCCCGAUGGCGAUCCUGUAUUACUGCCUGACCAGUGCUGCAAGACGUGCGUGGGACGAGCGUCCUAUCUAAUUGACGGUGCUAAGAAUAAAAACGUUAUGAGAGACAAUCGAGGCGGGUCGAACCACGGAAUGUUGGUCGGGGACGAGAGUGACACAGAGUUCAUCACAGUUCUCAUGAUCCCCAGCGUCUUUAGAGGAUACCUCCAGCAACGGAGGAUGUUUGUGAUUGUAACGACGGAUGAUAACCCAGAUGGCGAGAUCAGGGGCAACGUCUUGACGCAUAGGCUGCAAGAAGAGACAUUCUCAGCUCUUCUGACGUCAGAUUCAUCCAUAGGAGUUGGUGGGAUGGCCAUGUUCACCCUCAACCCGAACGACAACACUCUUAGUUUUGUUAUCCGACUGAAGGGGGCUCUCCAGUACGAGGAAGCGAAGACCAACGUGAUGGUGUCUUUCCUAAAAGAUUCAACCAUGGUUAAGGAGAUUAACGUCAUCAUAUCCAAAUACGACGAAGAAUUUUCCGAGCUCUGGACCCAGCUGACAGAUAAGGAUUCGAGACAGUUGGCCCGAGGAAGGCUUUCCUUAGAGAUCAGGACGGAGCGAGGAGUGGUCAUCAAGGGGGACAUCGGACCAAGGCCGUCGUGCGACACUCUGCAGGCUGUCCUCUCAGCAUCUGAGGCUCUCGAGUUCAACAAACAUGGGGCGGCAGGUUCGGCCAUCUUCAAACUGGACCACAAGGGAAAACUACAUUACAAGGUUCACAUCGUAGGGCUACGGAGUAAAUUGACAUCAUUGACCAUAGAGUACGCGGACCCAAAAACAGCCGAGCCACGCCGCGCAACUAACCUAAAAAGCGCUUUCCAGCCGCUGAAUGGUUCAUUUGGUGGAUGGGCAAAUGGAACCUACACGCGGGCUGUUGCCAUGGAGACGUAUAUGUUAUUGCAGGAAAAUAUGUACAUAAAUUUAGGAACAGAAGAACAUGGUUUGAGCUCUCUACGAGGUCGAAUCUUCUCACUGCCCUAUAAUCCCUUCAUCGACGCUUUUGAAAACCCACCUACGGUUCUUUCCGCCUCCACCCUCAGCCCAACCCUGGACACAAGGGCGGCAGCGCACGCCUGGGUCUUCCUCUCCAGUUGCGCACUCCACUACCAAAUAGUCGUGCUGGGUUUGGAAAAAAAUGGCGUCCAGCUGAGCGGUUUUGCAGAGAUCGGGACUUACGUUAACCUCCCAGGCGACGCCAAACAGAAACAACUUGUGAACGGAUUCGUUGGAAACAUUGUUGCGAGCAAAACUGACAACAUCGACAAGACCCUUCUAGCCGCACUGGACUCAGAUGGUGGAUUCUUCCAGAUCGCCACAAAAGAACACCCGGGCGGAAUCCUCCGGGGAAACCUCGGCCGCCUUCGGAACAAGUGUCAUUCAAGCGAGUAUGGCACCGUCAUGGAGGAUGGGGCACAGUCGGUCCUGGACUCGACGGAGCGCUACAGGUGUAUGCACGACGGCGAAAUGUACGAAGAUGGGCAUAGUUGGUCACCAGGAGCCGAGGUGUGCGUGUCCUGCAGUUGUAGGCGAGGCAAGGUGAUGUGCCACGACACGGUCUGCCCAGCCCUCAAGUGCAAGAAACCCGUCAGCGUCAAGGGAGAAUGUUGUAAACAAUGUGUCGAUGACGACAGCAAAACGCGGGCACAAUCUUCUAGUGCUGCUGCAGGAGUCGCGGCCGUACCACAGAAAGAAGACACCACCAAUAAAUGCUACUUCGAGGGGGACAAGCGAUACCAUGCCGUGGGGACAACUUGGCAUCCGUACAUCCCUCCGUUCGGUUACGUGACUUGUGCUCUUUGCUCUUGUCAGCCUGGCGAGGGUAAAAACGAAGUGAACUGUAAGAAGAUAGCCUGCCCUGCCCUACCCUGUCCCGAGGCGGACGCCUUCAGACGUAACGAGACGGACUGUUGCCGGGUGUGCCCCGAGCGGAAGGGGUUGAAGCCGGGAGAGAAGCCUCUGCAGGGAGACGCCCCUGACGCAUUACGUCCAAAACACGCGGUACUUCAGUGA